CGGCCGCUGGCGGCGGGAGGGGCCGGAGGUGGGUCCCGACGCUGCGGUGCUUGGAAGCGGUCGGUGUUCGGUAUGGCCGCUGCGCUGUCCGACCCGGGGGCGGCUGCCGAAGGGCAGGAGCCUUUGCUGAGUCCUGGAGGGGAGGAGGACAGCAGCAGGGAUGUUGUGGAAACACAAGAGCAUUAUAAGAGUAGAUGGAGGUCCAUCUGGAUUAUGCAUCUUACUAUGUUUCUCAGUAGUGUAGGUUUCUCAAUCGUAGUUAUGUCCGUAUGGCCGUAUCUCCAAAAGAUUGAUCCAACAGCAGAUGCAAGUUUCUUGGGCUGGAUUAUAGCUUCAUAUAGCAUCGGCCAAAUGGUUGCUUCUCCCCUCUUUGGUGUAUGGUCCAAUUACAGGCCAAGGAGAGAACCUCUUGUUGUUUCAACAGUUAUUUCAGUAGCUGCUAAUUGUCUUUAUGCCUAUGUCCAUGUACCUCAUUCACACAACAAAUACUACAUGCUGAUUGCACGUGCCCUUGUGGGAUUUGGAGCAGGAAAUGUAGCUGUGGUUCGAUCGUAUAUUGCAGGUGCCACUUCUCUUACAGAAAGAACGAGUGCUAUGGCCAAUACCAGUGCUUGCCAAGCAGUUGGCUUCAUAUUAGGACCAGUUUUUCAGACUUGUUUUACACUUAUUGGAGAAGAAGGACUAACGUGGAAAUUAGUUCAUCUUCAGCUAAACAUGUAUACAACACCGGUUCUAUUCGGAGCUCUCUUAGGAGUUAUUAAUAUUAUUCUCAUCUUUGCUAUAUUCAGAGAGCAUCGAGUGGAUGACAUGGGACGGCAAUGUAGAAGUAUCAAUUUUGAAGGAGAAGAAAGUGGUGUUUUGGAUCAGGAUGCAGAAGGAAACAUUGACCAUGUUGCUGUUGUAGCAGUCAAUUUUCUUUUUUUUAUCAUCUUGUUUGUUUUUGCUGUCUUUGAAACUAUAGCUACUCCAUUGACAAUGGAUAUGUAUUCCUGGACCAGGAAAGAAGCUGUUCUAUAUAAUGGAAUAAUCCUUGGUGUGGUUGGUGUUGAAUCGGUUAUUGUUUUCAUGGUCGUUAAAACACUUUCUAAAAUGACUGGUGAGCGUGCUAUACUCCAUGGAGGUUUACUGAUUGUCUUGAUUGGAUUCUUUAUUUUACUGCCGUGGGGGAAAAAACUACCAAAUAUCCAAUGGCAAGAAAUAAAGAAUAAUUCCAUUCCCAGGACAACUUUCAGUGAAAUGUUAAUGCCUUUCUGGAGUAUGCAAGCAAUGCAGCUUCCUUCCAAUCACACAGCAGAACCCACAGGCUGCCCUGUCUCGCAGUCCUGGUGCCUGAAUACACCCAUGAUCUAUCUGGCCCAGUAUAUCAGCUCUGACAUACUAAUAGGAUUGGGCUAUCCAGUUUGUAAUGUCAUGUCCUAUACUUUAUACUCAAAAAUUCUAGGCCCAAAGCCUCAGGGUGUCUAUAUGGGAUGGUUAACAGCCUCUGGAAGUGGAGCACGCAUACUUGGGCCUGUGUUUGUGAGCCAGAUAUACACUCAUCUGGGACCACGUUGGGCAUUUAGCUUAAUCUGUGGUAUAGUUGUACUCUCUCUCUUAGUCUUGGAGAUAGUAUACAAAAGACUUAUUGCAUUUUCUGUCAGGUAUGGAAGAAUGCAAGAAUAGCACCGAUGAAUGUGUUUUUAAUUAAAAAAAAAAAAAAAAAAAAGGCAACCCCCUCCUGAAAAAAUACCUAACUUAUUAUUACUUUUUAAUGAGGAGUGCCUAAACGCUGACCUUGUUAGCUGUAUGCUAAGAAUUAUAGUCAUACUUACAUGUUGACAGAAUAUGUAGCUUGGUCAUAUCCUAGUAUGCCCUGUUACAUCUAUGUCAAUACAGCUUUUGCAUUCUGCUUUUCUAGCAGGAGAGGAAGGAGUAUGAACAAGUUGAAUCAAUACAGUAGCACAUUUGAAGGGUGUACAGUCUGAAUGACACAUUUUUGUGUACUGAAUGCAGCUGUGAAGGUCACAAGUACAGUACAUCCUUUUCAGAAACAAGGGAAAAAUGUUAUCUUGAUUCUGUGAAUCUGGAGUAUUAAUUCUUGUAACUACAAGAUUAGUUGAGCUGCAUGCACUUUGUAUGGAAACACGGCUGCUUAAGUAAGUGAACAUUUGGAUGUUCAGUUUGCUAACUUGUAAACACUGGUUCAUAUAAAACAUCCAUCUUUGGAAACUGUUAAACAUCAAUAUACCUUCUCCAGAAUUUCAAAUGAAAUGAGACAGUGAGAAUUUUAGAGGAAGUAGGUGCCCACUACUCAGGUAGUUUUUGUAGGAUUUAGGUACUUAAGUUUGUUAAAAGCCUUUGAAAAAAUAACAGCUGCAGCAGUUACUUGAACUACAGUAAACAGAACAUGCAGUUUUUUUCUUUUACUGUGUUGCUGAAUGUCCUUUUAUAACAAAAAGUAUCACAUGCACAGAGCUGAAUUAUGCACAGCCUUUCUUAACCUUUCUACAAGAAGGAAAUACUAUACAUGAUAGUUUACACUUUCGGUGUCACUUGUGGGAGUGAAUACACUACGCUAUCUGAACAAACAGUGCUAAUGUUAAUUAAGUAAAAAGAAGGAAACCUGUGGCUCCUCAGGUGUUGGCUAUGAUCUGUAGACUUAAUUUUUUGAUAAUAUCAUGCAAGAAAUGGGAAUUCACAAUAUUUUGGGGGGGAUUCACAGAAUCAUUUGUUUUAAAAAAUAUUUUUUUCUGAUAAGGGGGCCUAAGCUCAUCUGUGAGGGUUUAUCUGUUUUAGUAUGACUGGGAGUGGCAGGGAAGCCUUUCUGAAAGAACUUCAGUAUAUGAACUGUAGCUGCUGUUUAAUGUGUUUAAUAGCUGUUACUUAUUGAAUUUACUAAAUAUAACUAUGUAUUCAAAUGUUGAAACACUAAAUACUACUGAAUAAAAAAAAAACAUUUUUUUUUAA